UGCGCAACGGAUUGUGCACGGGACCCUUAUUAUGUAAGUCUAUGGGUGGACCUUCAUGUGGAGUGGGGGACGUUUAAAUUGUCAAUAUUCACCCGGAAUGUCUGAAGGGACAGUUAUGGCACAAGCCCUGUACUUUACCUUUGUUUUGUCGUGUUUGAUAUGUGGAUCAUAUGGUCUCUUUUCAUCUGGCAAUGGCACAACUACAGUGAGCUCUACAACUAAACCAAAUACAACCCGGAGCAAUAAUAGCGCCAACGCACGAGCGGUAAGGUUGACAUCUACAACUACUGCAAAGGUACGGACAACUACUACUAGACCACCGAAAACGACCACCACCGCUAACUAUAGUUUCAACACAGAAGACUUAAAUGAGGGUAUCGACAAGAAAGUGGAAAAAAUAGUAUGGAACAAAGAACCUGAGGAUGAACCAUUAGAAUUAGAGUGCCCUCCUCUGGGGCUGGAGUCUCUGAGGGUGAAGGACACACAGCUGCGGGCCUCGUCCUACAAGCGCCGGGGACUUGGACCUCACCGUGGUCGACUCAACAUCCAGUCGGGUAUUGAGGACGGGGACAUCUACGAUGGGGCGUGGUGUGCCCAGUAUGAGGAUAAGAAACAGUGGCUGGAGGUGGACGCCCGGCGACCCACACGCUUCACCGGGGUCAUCCUCCAGGGACGCAGCUCAAUCUGGAGUUGGGACUUCAUACUCACCUACAAGGUGCAGUUCAGUAAUGAUACCCUGGUCUGGCAGCCAGCUAUGAAUGGGACUAAAGAGGCAGUAUUUGAGGGGAACCAGGAUACUGAAACUCCAGUGUUGGCCCUAUUUAACGAGUCGUCAACAGUGGCACGCUACAUCCGCAUCAAUCCACAGAGCUGGUACGAGAACGGAACUAUCUGUCUGAGAGCUGAGGUUCUGGGCUGUACCCUACCAGAUCCCAACAACAUCUAUGCUUGGCAGCAGACGGAGCAAGGCACCCAAGACAAGCUGGACUUUAGACACCACAACUACAAGGAGAUGAGGAAACUCAUGAAGUCAGUGACCGAGGCCUGCCCUGACAUCACACAUAUCUACAGCAUCGGGAAGAGUCACAUGGGCCUCAAGAUGUACGUCAUGGAGAUCUCCGACAACCCUGGAAAGCAUGAGCUGGGCGAGCCAGAGUUCCGCUAUGUGGCUGGAAUGCAUGGUAAUGAAGCCCUGGGCCGGGAGCUGCUGCUCAACCUGAUGCAGUAUAUCUGUCAGGAGUACAAACUGGGCAACCAGCGCAUCGUCCGGCUGGUCAAGGAGACACGCAUCCACCUGCUGCCAUCCAUGAACCCUGAUGGUUAUGAAAUGGCCUUCAAGAAGGGUUCCGAGUUGGCGGGGUGGGCCCUCGGUCGCUAUAGCUACCAGGGCAUCGACAUGAACCACAACUUUGCUGACCUGAACAAGGUCAUGUGGGAUGCUAUUGAAUUUGACUACCAAAAUAACGAUAAGUCCAAACUCAUAAACCACUACAUCCCUAUACCAGAGUACUACACCUCAGAGGACGCCUUUGUGGCCUUAGAGACGCGUGCUGUCAUUAACUGGAUGCAGAACAUCCCGUUCGUACUAAGUGCCAACCUCCACGGGGGUGAACUGGUGGUCACCUACCCUUUCGACAGGACGGAAGACUGGGCACCUCGCGAUGACACCCCUACACCGGACAAUAGUUUCUUCCGCUGGCUGGCCACCGUCUAUGCCAGCACCAACCAGGUUAUGUCGAAUCCCGACCGCCGGCCUUGUCACAAUGAAAACUUCCAACGCUACAACAACAUCAUCAACGGAGCAAACUGGCACACGGUCCCAGGAAGCAUGAAUGAUUUCAGCUAUCUACACACCAACUGCUUCGAUGUGACAGUGGAGCUGUCCUGUGAUAAGUUCCCCCAUGCCAGUGAGCUGCCCAUCGAGUGGGAGAACAACAAAGAGUCUUUACUGAUCUACAUGGAGCAGGUCCAUAGAGGACUCAAGGGUGUGAUCAGAGACAAAGACACAGAGGCUGGCAUUGCAGAUGCCAUAAUCAAAGUGGAUGACAUCGACCACCAUAUUAGAUCAGUUGCUGACGGGGACUACUGGCGCCUGCUGAACCCGGGCGAGUAUGAGGUCACGGUGAGCGCCGAGGGCUACAACCCUUCCACACGUACGUGCCGUGUGAUGUACGAGCAUUACCCCACCAUCUGUGACUUCCGCCUCACCAAGACCUCCAAACAGAGGCUGAAGGAGAUCCUGGCCAAGGGAGGCAAGCUCCCCAAAGACCUGCAGCUGAGGCUGCGACAGCUGCGUCUGAGAAAACUGAGGGCCAGCACCAAGGCCAUCAACGGUAGACGUGCGGCUGCUAGCAGGAAGGCACGGGGGUCGUGAUGUUGAUCAGGCAUUCGGUGAACCAAUCACAACACACUUUGUCUGGAGGGUUGUUGUAUUUCAUUGGCUCUUGUGAGGGAACUUCCUGGUUUAAGUCAGUUUGGAAGUCUUUACACCAUGUGGGCAGUUCUGUAGGGCUAGCCUACUGAGAUGCAAAAAAAAUUACAAUGUAAAUGUAAAAUGCAUUGUACUUCCGGUAUGGUUUAGUGAUUUAUUUCUGAAGAAAGGGACAUAUCGUAUUUAGAUAUUUGAAUCAGAUUGGAGCAAAUAAUUGCAAACAUGUAUAACAGGAACAAUAUUAUUUUCACUUGAAGAACUGUUAGUUACAACAACAAACUAAGUGGCAUGAUGCUGUUCAAAUCCACCGUUGGGUAGAUAUACCACUAUUCAAGUAAAAUUCCUGCCACAAAUUACAGACCAAACUCAUGAGACUAAAAUUACUAAUGUAUCAUAUCAUAGAGACAAGAGCUCUACUGUUACAGUCUGGAACUGAUAAGAGUUCUACAUGAGAUAUUUUAAAUCUAUUCAAAUGAAAUUAUAUGACUUCUAAUAUUUGUCUUUCUUUGGUUCAUUUUUGUACUACCAAAAUGAAAUGCUGGCAUUUGGAUGUCCUUGCAAGCCAAGAGACAACGUUAUAAAUGGAUCCCAAAUAAAGCUUUACUUACAACACAAAUA